AAAAACAAUCUCUCUCGUAUGUUGAUAAACGAGCCGAAGUAUACAAUGAACCAAUUUACAUCAUAGCAUUCUUUCUCAGUCCCGCUUAUCGUCAAGUCGCUGUAUCGGGAGAGUAUCCAAUCAAGGUUGUCAAGAAAAUGCUUGUCACAUUAGCUCAACUCUGGGGAUACUCAAAGGCAGACUGUAUUAAUUUGAAGGAUCAAGCACAACUUUACCUCGAUGGGACAGGUCUUUUUCCUAGUAAAAAGAAUUAUGAACGAGCGCUUGAUUACUGGCUCAAUCUACCCUCAACCCUCCAAACCACUCAACUCAAGACUUUUGCUAUCAAAGUACUCGAUCUCGUAGCCCAUGCGGCAGGAGUCGAAAGCUUGUUUUCGGACAUGGGGGCAACAAAGACCAAGAACCGAUCACGACUAACCAAAACUCAUCUAACUAUGAUCUCACAAGUCAGGCUCACAUUAUUAAAUCACACUGAACCCAAUGAAUCCAACACGGGCACCGAAAUCGAAAUUGUUGAAAACAGUCCGGAGGAUUUCUCUGGAGGUUUUUCGGGACCUGAUGAGCUCGAACAAUUCGAGACUGGUAUUUUUCUUCCUGAGGACGCACCCAUCGAUCCCUUUCUUUUACCAAUGAAUCCGGGUUUCGAUGGGCUUAUAAGCACCCUAUUUGAUUUCGAUAUCUUUGACAUCAAUUCUGUUCAUUCUGUCUCGCCUUUGAAUGUCAAUGCUUCUGUGGUAGAUAGUUCUGGUGAUCCAUGGAACCCUGAUGAUAUAGACUACGACUAGAACACUCUUUUAGACUUUACAAUGAUGAAAUAACAAAGUACGAUGGUCUUUUCGCCAUUUUUCUCAUU